AGAAGGAUCAGGAAGGUGGAGAAGAAAAGAAAUCUGUGCAAAAGAAAAAAGUAAAAGAGUUGAAGGUGUUGGAUUCAAAGACGGCCCAGAAUCUUUCAAUCUUUUUGGGUUCCUUCCGCAUGCCCUAUCAAGAGAUUAAAAAUGUCAUCCUGGAGGUGAAUGAGGCUGUUCUGACUGAGUCUAUGAUCCAGAACCUCAUUAAGCAGAUGCCAGAGCCAGAGCAGUUAAAAAUGCUUUCUGAACUGAAGGAUGAAUAUGAUGAUCUGGCUGAGUCAGAGCAGUUUGGCGUGGUGAUGGGCACUAUGCCACGUCUGCAGCCUCGCCUCAAUGCCAUCCUCUUCAAGCUACAAUUCAGUGAGCAAGUGGAGAAUAUCAAGCCAGAGAUUGUGUCUGUCACUGCUGCGUGUGAGGAGUUACGCAAGAGCGAGAACUUUUCCAGCCUCCUGGAGAUUACCUUGCUUGUUGGAAACUAUAUGAAUGCUGGCUCCAGAAAUGCUGGUGCUUUUGGCUUCAAUAUCAGCUUCCUCUGUAAGCUUCGAGACACCAAAUCCACAGAUCAGAAGAUGACAUUGUUGCACUUCUUGGCUGAGUUGUGUGAGAAUGACUAUCCUGAUGUCCUCAAAUUUCCAGAUGAGCUUGCCCAUGUGGAGAAAGCCAGCCGAGUUUCUGCUGAAAACUUGCAAAAGAACCUAGAUCAGAUGAAGAAACAAAUUUCUGAUGUGGAACGUGAUGUUCAGAAUUUUCCAGCUGCCACUGAUGAAAAGGACAAGUUUGUUGAAAAAAUGACUAUAUCCUUUCUUGAGAGAGUUGCUUCCUUGGAAGGGAAAGAAAGCUUCCCAUAG